AUGUACCACUACCCUGUGGCUGGACAAAACCGCAACAACCCCCUGGGUCUUCCAAUAUACGAAUGUUGGUUCUGCCCAACAAGCUGGAUUGGCUUCUUAGGCCUGUUCUUCCACCUCGGAGAAGGUCGCUGUGUGAAGCGUGACCGCAUUCGCACCAUCGCAUUCGAAACUCCUGAAUAUGGGUUUUACGGCAACAGUCUCACCGACGAAAACCCAUUCUUACCCCCACUAGCCCGGUCGCCUAAGCCCUAA